CGCAGACCCCUCCCCUCGGCGUCCGGCUGGGAGCCGCCGCCGCUGCCGUCGCCGCCGCCGCUCCUCCGUUUCCGGGCCGCCGCCGCCGCCGCCCAACCACCCGCCCGCCGCUCCGGAGCGCAGCCAGCAACCGGCCGAGCCCGCCUGACGGGCAGAGCGCCGCCGGCCUUCAGCGCGGUGGCAGAGAUUCAACAUCUUUUUUACAUCGUGGAGAUCAAAAUUGGAUGCAGCAUUCCAAGUAUUACGGAAAUGACCUAGAGGCCUUACAUUUCUGCGUCCUAUAUACUCUACAAUCAAGAAAAAUGAACCCUGAAAGCACCACUUAGUAAUAUUAAAAGGAAACUACCUCAGCACCAAGAAGCAAAAGUGGAAAGGCUUGCAAUAAAAAGAAAAGAAAACAUACGUUAUGAAUAAAGUGUAGUAGCAAAGACUCUAGAAAAAUAUAUGCUUUUUUUCAGUAUUAAGAUGGGAUUUGACUGACGGGCUCUGUCAAAUCAAGAAGUUAUUUUGUCUGCUGAUGUUAAGACUCAGUGAUUCUUCAAGAACAGUCAUAGUCUGCAUUACUCAUCACUGUUGAGCAGUGAUUUUGCUUUUCCUUUCCUAAUACUAACUGAAGAAGAAUUUAACAAUGGUACUACUUUUUAAACAUGAGUUUUCUUCAAUUUAAAACAAUAUUAACACCAGGUGUCAGAAAUACAUUGACAGGAAAACUACAGCAAAUGGCUUUUGUGUCUUGUACCUUGCAACAACAUUUUGGGUGCCCACUGUAGGAUGCUUAAGGAGGAAAUAGUAUUUUUAGUUACCACCACUUGCUUUUAUGAUUAUAAUUUGUAAUUGCAGCAGUGCUGCAUUUGAACAGCAAAUUGUACAAGUCAGCAAAACAGCUGCCAUUUACACUACCGACACCUAGUACCUAGAUUUUUUUUUCUUCAAAUGCCUUUUCUGGAAAUUAUGUGCAUGCUCCUCUGCUAUUGCUACACAUAGAUGGCUUUCCAAGAGAGCAACUCAUGAGAAUGAAUUAAUUCAAAAAACCCUUGGCCAAGUACUUCCUUAUGUAUUGCUGCAGUGCACAAGAAAGUAAAAUGGACUAUAAGCGGCGCUUUUUGCUUGGCGGGUCCAAGCAAAAAGGGCAGCAACACCAGCAGUAUCAAGUGCCAGAACUGGGCAAGACUCUGGGCGCCUCCUUAGCAUCUUCAGCUCCAACCUCUCCUCUGGUUUCCCUGGCUGCUGCUGGCAGCUGCAGUCACGCGACUCCGGUCGCAGACCUCCAGCAGGGAAUCUCCAGAUACCUAGAUGCACUCAAUGUAUUUUGUCGUGCAAGCACUUUCCUCACAGACCUUUUCAGCAGUGUAUUCCGGAACUCGCACUAUUCUAAGGCAGCUAUGCAACUGAAGGACGUGCAGGAACAUGUCAUGGAGGCAGCAAGUCGACUCACAGCAGCAAUAAAACCAGAAAUUGCAAAAAUGCUCAUGGAACUUAGUGCUGGAGCAGCCAACUUUAAAGAUCAGAAGGAGUUCAGCCUACAGGACAUUGAGGUACUUGGACGCUGCUUUUUGACCGUGAUGCAGGUUCAUUUUCAGUUUCUAUCCCAGGCUUUGCAGAAAGUCCAGCCAGUGGCUCAGUCAUGCUUCAUUGAGGCUGCAGCCCAGGAAAGAAAAAAUUCUAGCAUGAGUGAGACAUCCAGCGCAAAUCCCACAACCGAACUGGAUGAAGCAGUGCGGUCAUGGAAGGGAGCAACAGAGGCCACUUCACGGCUUCGAGAGAAAGAGGGAGGCCGUGAGGGCUGUUUGGCUGGAAUCGAGGUCCAGCAACUCUUCUGCUCUCAGAAUGUGGCCAUUCCAGAGCACCAGCUAAAAGAAUUGAACUUGAAAACAGACAGUGCUUUGCAGGCAUAUAAGAUUGCUUUGGAAAGUUUGGGUCACUGUGAAUAUGCAAUGAAGGCUGGUUUCCACUUGAAUCCAAAGGCAAUUGAAGAAAGCUUGCAGGGCUGCUGCAGUGAAGCUGAAGCUCAGCAGACUGGACGGAGACAGACUCCCCCUCAGCCUAUUCAGUGUGAGCUGCCAACAGUUCCCAUCCAGAUAGGAGCCCAUUUUCUGAAAGGAAUAUCCUUCAAUGAAUCUGCAGCAGAUAACUUAAAACUGAAAACGCACACUAUGAUACAAUUAAUUAAAGAAGCUGGCUACCAUAAUGGAAUGACCCCAAGAGAUGACUCUCCUGUGACAGAAGUCCUGAAUCAAGUUUGCCCUUCUACAUGGCGGGGAGCCUGUAAAACGGCAGUACAAUUGUUGUUUGGACAAGCUGGGCUGGUGGUUGUAGACACAGCACAGAAUGAAAACAAAGAAGCUUAUGCACCACAAAUCAGCUUGGAAGGCUCCAGAAUUGUGGUUCAAGUCCCAUCAACUUGGUGCCUGAAAGAAGAUCCUGCCACAAUGUCUCUCCUGCAGAGAAGUCUGGAUCCAGAGAAAAUGUUAGGACUGGUAGAUGUACUUUAUACUGCCGUGUUUGAUCUAAAUCGCUGGAAAGAAGGAAGGGAACAAGCGUUGCCCUACAUCCAGAUCCAACUACAACGUGAGAGCUCUGACUUCGGAAGUCACACCGACUUACCAUCUGGAAAUGGCAGUAAAGCAACGGGGGGGUUGCAGAAGACUUUCUCAAAGUUGACAUCACGAUUUACCAAAAAAACUUCUUGUACAAGUUCAAACAACAGUGGAAAUUAUUCCAUUCCUAAUAUACCUUCUAAAACCCAUUUUAUAGCUAACAACUCAGAGGACAAAGCAAAACUACCAAGUAAUGCGGAUGCACGACUGCAAAGUAUUUUGAACCUUGGCAACUUUCCGAGGGUUCUUGAGCCUGCCCAGCUGAUGCAGAGCUCAAACCAUCAUGGGGUCAACGGCCUCCUCGAAAGGCCAGAGGGAGGCCUCGUAGAAGAUGGUAAGGAUGCCAAGGGCAUGAAUUUACCAACUGACCAGGAAAUGCAGGAGGUCAUUGAUUUCCUUUCGGGUUUCAACACGGGCAAGUCCCAACAGACUUCUCCACUGAUGAGAAGGAGAACCUCGGUUGCCUCUUCUUCUGCUGCAGCAGAACAGAAAGCAGCUGCUGUGCAGCUGCCAUCACUACAGUCGUCAUCUCACACCCCACUGCACCAUCUUCAGCCCGGGCUGCCCCAGCAGCCCCAUCCCCAGAAACCCCAGCAGCAGCAGCAACAGCAGCAGCAGCAACAGCAACAGCACUAUCAGCCCUUGCGCCAGCCCAUUGGGUCGCAGCAGCGCCAGCCCAGUAAGUGGCCGGGGGGUUCCAGCCAGCCCCCAGGCCAGACGGUUGGGCCAGGACUGUCCUCGCUGCCUCAGUGGAGCAGCCACGCCUUUUCCGAUCUGAGCUCUGACCUGUAUAGCCUGGGCCUUGUGAACAGCUACAUGGAUAACAUGAUGUCAGAGAUGCUGGGGCAGAAACCUCAAGGGCCUAGAAACAAUACAUGGCCAAACCGUGACCAAAGUGAUGGGAUCUUUGGGGUGCUGGGAGAAUUUCUACCUUUUGACCCUGCAGUUGGCUCAGAUCCAGAGUUUGCCCGCUAUGUGGCUGGGGUCAGCCAGGCCAUGCAACAGAAAAGGCAGGCGCAACACUUCCGUCGCCCCAGCAAUGCACGUAGCAACUGGUCUCAUCCUGAUGACCUCCACAGGACCUGGCCCUUCCCGGAGUAUUUCACAGAUGGGGAGAUGACCAGCAGCUGGUCAGGGACUCAGGGGGACUCUGCCAGCUCCAGUGACGAGACCUCCUCAGCCAAUGGAGACAGUUUGUUUUCCAUGUUCUCAGGGCCUGACAUUGUGGCUGCUGUCAAGCAAAGAAGAAAACACAGCAGUGGGGAACAAGACACAAGCACACUUCCUUCACCACCACUCCUUUCCACCGUGGACGAUCAUAACCAGGACAACAAAACGAAAACUUGGCCCCCGAAGGCGCCUUGGCAGCACACGCAGUCGGGUCAAACUAUGUCUUUCUAUCAGCUAAGCAGCCCUGCCAGCCACUGGAACGACCCCAUGCAGAUGCUGCCGUCUCCCGUUUGGUCAGCCGCCAAUGACUGCCCUCCGCCCACAGGAAUGGCCUCCCCGUUUGCCUACACCCAGCAGCCUCCGCAGUCGCCACCAUUGCCCCUGGCUCAGCACAAGCAGGGGCACAAGGGCUUUAAACCUUUUCCGGGCAAGCACGAGCGUCGGCCAUCCUAUCUGCCACAGUACUGAUGCCCCGUUUCCUCCUGGCCGGAGAAGCAGCAGCCGAGGACCAAAGUCUUUGGUAUGAUCCGGGCUUGCUUGGCUUCUGUCUGCUGGGUGGGAGGUUGCGGGGGGGGGUGACAGCUUUGAUAGUGAAGUCUGUCGUUCCUUGCAGCCCUUGGCACACGGUGUCUACACAACAGCCUAAACUGUGACCCUUUCAAAGCAUAUGAAAGAUGCCCCGGUAACAAAUGGUGACACUCUUACCACAGAAAACACUGUAUUUUAUAGCUAUUUUUUCAUAUAGAUUUAUAGUUACCAUUUCUUGCUAAAACAGAUUUGAGUAUUUUUAAGCCAAUCUAGCAGUUUUGCUCAACGCUCAUUUUCUUCAGAUUUCUAAUUGACAAAAUUAUAAAGUCUUCGCUCUGACUUUCACAGGCUGUGAUAGCUUUUUUAAUGCAGUAGUUGUUAAUAUGCUGCAAACUCUUUGAAACAGGAGUGGGGCAAACAACAACUGCAGACCUAAUUCUUUCCAGUUAUUUAGUUUGUGCAAAACAGCUGGAACCGCUCAAAGUCUGUGAAAAGCGAUCUGGCCAAGCAGUGAGCACCAUCCACCUCCAUGAAGUCCUUUUGGUGGGUUUAUGACACUACAUUUGAUACUCUGACAUUUGGCCAAAGGCAUUAUCCAUACAGUGCUCCUUAAAUAUAUGAAAGAAUAGUUACGACUACUUGCAAAUAGAAGUCUUAUUUCAAUGCUAGACUUAGUGUGUAAAAACAUGAGCUGGCUCAGAAGAGAGAGAACUUAAAACACUAUUUUUUGUAGUGCUAAGAAUUAAAAUAAAGUACUUACAGUCAAUAUGUGCCAUUAAAUAAAUGAACCUGUGGAAUUAGAAAUAUCUUCCAACCAAAGUGGAUCUGGGGAAUGACUGGUGCUUCAAAUGGGAAAAAGGUAAAUAUGUAUAGUGAUCCCAUUGUAUAUUAAUUGAAGUGAGAGAAGUCUUUAUAAAACCUAUUUAAAUUUUCAUAUUUCAUCUUUGAAAGAGUAAUUAUAAACCACAAUAUUUUCUGGUAUAAAGGUUUUUGACAGUAUUAAUAUUAUUUUUAUAUUUUCUUAAUUCAUAUCAUUCUAAUACAUUGACAAGUAAAAUGGGUUAUUAGUUAUAAAUACAUAGUUUUUGAUGAAGAUAAAAGCACAUUUAAGUUCCCAUUUUCUACAAACUUACAUGUGUAUAUUAAAGAUACCAAAUUUAUAUAUAUAUAUAUAUGAAUAUACACACACAUAUACAUAUAUAUGUGUGUGUGUGUAUGCAUGUGUGUAUGUAUGUGUGUGUGUAUAUAUAUAUAUAUAUAUAUAUAUAUAUAUAUAUAUAUAUAUAUAUAUAUAUAUAUAUAUAUAUAUAUAUAUAGAAAGACACUAAAUGUUGGGGUGGAUAGCAUAAAAGCCCUUCCACCCUCUGCUUGUGCGCCGUUUGGCGGGCCUCAAAUGUUACUCUUUGUGCUGGUUAAGGAUGCCAAUGUUGCCUGUAUUUAUGAUAUUGUCAUCUUGUUUCCUGAAAUCCCAUCCUUACCAUGUUUACAGAACUGUUUGCUGUGCAUAACUUUACAGUCAUGUGCUUUGCACAAUCAGUGUGGCUUCUGUCUGUACAUUGUUAAUGUUCUGUACUUUCUGCUAAAAUGUUGGUGAAUUUAAAAGUGAUUUUGAGUCUCCUCAAGUAUACAAUUGAAAACUUGUAUUGGACCUAAAAUUGAUUGCAGUUGUAUGCCACAAGGCUUUCAAGGACAGAUAUAUGUUGUGUUGAAAUUUCCUAUAGAGCAUUUAAGCUGCUGUUGCAGUUGAGUGACAAAUGCAAACAUUGGCAAUUUUCUAAAAUUGAAGUUAAAUAGUGGAAAUGCAGGUGAAUCAUUUUUUGUCUGGUAGGUGCUGCAUCGUCCACUGCUUCCAGUUAUUCUGAACACCUAUAAUUUUCCCAAGUAUUGGCAAGCAAGGUUUUACACAGCCAAGUGCAAGGGGCAUGGUGCUUAGUCAGAUUAUCUUUUAAUGCAGUACUUAUGUGAAUAACUAAUGCUUUGGAACUGGAACUGUACCUUUUGUUUUUAAUGUUGAAGCACCUGUAAGUAAAAACUACCCUAUUUGCUUUAUUAAAGAUAUACCUUUAAUAAUAGA